AUGCCCUUCGGACUCUUCGAAAGCCGCUGGUCGAUCGACCAGAUCCCUGACCUCGCCGGCAAAGUCGCCAUCGUCACCGGCGGGAACUCCGGGCUGGGCUUCAUCACCUGUCUCGAGCUGGCGCGCAAGAACGCCCGCGUAUACAUGGCCUCCCGCAGCCGCGCCAAGGCCGAGGACGCCAUCCAGAAGAUCACCGCCGAGCUGGCCGCCGCCGGGGCCGCCCCGCCCGCCGUCGAGUUCCUCGAGUUCGACCUCGCCACGAUCGCCGCGGGAAAGGCGGCCGCGGCGGCGUUUCUGGCAAAGGAGGACCGGCUCGACAUGCUGAUCAACAACGCGGGCAUCAUGGCGACGCCGUACGCGCUCAGCGCCGACGGCAUCGAGCUGCAGGCCUGCAACGCCACCGGCCAUUACGCGCUCACCAUCCCCCUGCUGCCCGUGCUCCGGAAGACCGCCGAAGCCCCCGGCAGCGCCGUCCGGAUCGUCAACCUCGCCAGCAUCGCCCAUCGCGCCGCCGCCUCCAAGCCCGACUUCUCCUCCCUCGAGGCCCUCAACCGCUCCUACUCGUCCACCUGGAUCCGCUACGGGAACAGCAAGCUCGCCAACAUCCUGUUCAACAGCGAGCUCCAGAGACGCCUCGAGGGGACCAACAUCCACUGUCUGGCCGUCCACCCGGGCGUCGUCGACACGGACUUGUUCAGAGGCCUCGGCGAGUCCUUUCCGCUCCUGCGCCCGCUCCUAAGCCUCAAGUCGCUCUUCAGGGGCACCAUCCUCAUCAGUCCCCAGCAAGGCGCCCUGACCCAGCUGUACGCCGCGACGUCGCCCGACGUGGCCCGGCUCGACCUCAAGGGCAAGUACUUGGUGCCGUACGCCAAGGUCGAGACGCCUAGUCUGCUCGCCCAGGACCCCGACCACACUCUCGCGCUCCAGUUCUGGACCCUCUGCGAGUCGCUCUACGCCGCUAAGAUCUGA